UCCGUCCCGCCCCCAGCUCAGGACUUCCGGCCUUCUGCCUGCGGGGGCCGCUCUAGCUGCGUGUUUCCACGGCUCUAUGGUGCCCGGCUGUGGGAGCCGCCGAGAGCGGCCACGUGAGGGUCACUCGGAGCAGGCCAGUGGGAGCCGCCUUGGGAGACAGCCGGGUUCCUGGCAGCCGCACCAUGUUUGACGAAGGGGGGUGGAACAAGGAGGAUGGCGGGGAGGCUCUCAGCCAGGCUCUCCUGUGCCCUCGGCACCGCCCUGCCCAGCACUGCAUCCUGGCUCCUAGAGGCUCCUUGCAGAAGCAGCGCAGACGGCUCCUCGCGACCCUGCAGCGCCUAGAGGCCUCGAGCUGCACGGACCCUCCUCAGAGCCCUGGGCCCCUGUCUGGGGACAGCGAAUCUGAGUCUGACUCUGCGGGCCGGGCAGGGAGGAAACAGCCCAGGAAACAGAGACAGGGCCUGAAACCCAGAGCUGCCUCCUCCCCCGGUGUCGCCCCAGGGGCUCCAAGCGCCUGCGGCGCUCCCCACCCAGGACCGGAGCCAGGCCCCGCUGGCAGGAGACGGAGGAAAGAUUCUGCAGCAGAGGCCCCCGGGGACAGCGCGCGUGCACCCCGCAAAGAGCAGCCGAGCCGGGAGCUGGGCGCAGCCGCUGGCCGGCCGGUUCCUUUGCUGACCAGGAAGCAGUGGAGGAACAAACAGAAGAAUAAAAGGCGACAGAAGAACAAGUUCAAAGCGGGUGCGGGGCAGGAUGUGGGGCAGGGCCUGGGCGCGGGGCAGGAUGUGGGGCAGGGGACCUCGGCACUGCCCCCGUCUGAGCCCUCGGGGGUGCUGCGGGCCCGGAUGGAGGAGCGGCUCCAGUCAGCCCGUUUCCGCUACAUCAACCAGCAGCUCUACACGUCCAGCAGCCAGGAGGCAGCCCAGCUCUUCCAGCGCGACCCUGCUGCCUUCGCCAUCUAUCACCGCGGCUUUGCCCGGCAGGUGGGGCGCUGGCCUGAGAAUCCGGUUCACCGCAUUAUCCAGUACCUGCGGGGUCGGCCGGCCUCGCUGGUGGUGGCAGAUUUUGGAUGCGGCGACUGCAAGAUUGCGACCAGUGUCAGGAACAAGGUUCACUCGUUCGACCUGGUGGCACUGAGCCCAUGUGUCACUGUGUGUGACAUGGCCAAGGUGCCGCUGGCGGACGAGUCUGUGGAUGUCACCGUGUUCUGCCUGGCGUUGAUGGGCACCAAUCUGCGGGAGAUCCUGGAAGAGGCCAACCGGGUGCUGAGGCCAGGGGCAGACACUAGGAUCUGGGGAUCAACGGGCAUCUGGUCUGCCAGCAGCACAGUGGCUGUGGCCACUCAGAGAGCAAAGGGGAGCAGGAUAAAGCAGAAGCUAUGGUGGGGAAAUCGCAAAGGGAUACGGGCACUGGCAGAGGGGUGGAGGAUUGCUGCACAGAGCAGGAGUUGUGGGGGAUAUGGGCAGUGGCUCAAGGAACCAGCCCUCUCCCCUCACCUGGCAUCUCCCCAGGGGCACGCUGAAGGUGGCAGAGGUUGCCAGCCGCUUCGCAGACAUCCGGGCCUUUGUGAGUGCCGUGACUCAGCUGGGCUUUCAGAUUGUCUCCAAGGACCUGGACAAUCCGUUUUUCUAUAUGUUUGAUUUCUCCAAGACGGGGCAGCCCCGGGCUGGGGGGAGCCUGCCUGGCCUGGCGCUGAGACCCUGCCUCUACAAGAAGCGCUGAGGGGCCCCUCAGCUGGUGUCUGCCUGGGGCCUGCACUGUGCCCGGCCUGCUCUGGAGCCCCCACCCCUGCACCGGGCCCCAGGGCAGGGCGGGGUGCCUGUGCCUGCAUACUGGCCUGCCUUGGAGCCCCCACCUCGCCCGGCACCCCGCCCUACCCUGGGGCCCCUGCGCCUGCAUCCCACCCCUGCGCCCUGUCCUGGGGCCCCCACCUCGCCCUGCCCUGGGGUCCCUGGGCCUGCAUCCCACCCCUGCGCCCUGUCCUGGGGCCCCCACCUUGCCCUGCCCUGGGGCCCCUGCGCCUGCAUCCCACCCCUGCGCCCUGCCCUGGGGCCCCUGCGCCUGCAUCCCACCCCUGUGCCCUGCCCUGGUGCUCCCGCGUCCCACCCCUGUGCCCUGCCCUGGUCCUCCCACCUCGCCCAGCACCCCGCCCUGCCAUGGGGCCCCUGCAUCCCACCCCUGCGCCCUGCCCUGGUGCUCCCACCUCGCUCUGCCCUGGGGCCUGGGCCCCUGCCCCUGCAUCCAACCCCUGCGCCCUGCCCUGGGGCCCCUGCGCCCUGCCCUGGGGGUCCCACUCCAUUUGUGGGGUGGGGAGGGGAGCUGUUGAGUCUCCUGGACUCGGCUGUGGGGGGGCUGGUGCGGGGUGGG